UAACGUGCCAAAUUUGGGAUUUGGUACAUUGAACCGGCAAAAAGAGCACAAAGAAAACAAAACAAAACAGAGAGGUAUUUCGAACAACAGAACAGAAGUAAACAAACACUCACGGAACAAAGAGUGAGGGAGAGGGUCAAGAAUCUUGCUGAGUUGCCCUCCAUCUUCAUCAAGGUUUGAUUCAGAAUGCACAGAAGAUUCAAAAACCUAAAGAACAUGGAUUUUUUUUAACCCAAUUCCGCAUCUCCUCUUUCCCAGACACCCCCCACAUUGAGGCUCCACCAGCCCACCACCAUUGUCUGCCAUCCGGACAAGGUUUGUUCUAUUCUUGAUUUCUUGCUGUACCUUCUUCUGAACUUUAUCCUUAAAGAUUUUAUCUGAAAAUGUCGAACAAUCAUGGAGAAGAAUCAUGACUAUGGGUGUGGGUCAAAGACUCUUUUUUUGUGCAUAUGUGUAUAACUCCAUUGCUGUUCUUGCACUGUUGGGUAAUGUGGUUUGGAGCGUGACAGACCCGAAUGAUUUCAGGAUUCUCAACGAGUUCCGAAACGGGUUGGAAAAUCCAGAGCUCCUGAAAUGGCCCGACAAGAAGGGGAGUGACCCGUGUGGCCCUCCUGCAUGGCCUUAUGUGUUCUGCUCUGGUGGAAGGGUCACCCAAAUCCAGGCCAAAGGACUGGGACUUAAGGGGGUUUUGCCCCAAGACUUCAACCAGCUCGAUGAGCUGCAAAACCUAGGUCUCCAGAAGAACAAAUUGUACGGGAAAUUGCCCACCUUUAAUGGGUUGUCGAAUUUGAAGUUUGCCUACUUGGAUGAGAAUCAGUUUGAUACCAUACCCGCGGAUUUCUUCCACGGGCUGAGUAAUAUUCAAGCUUUAGCAUUGGAUGAUAACCCUUUUAAUGAGACUACAGGCUGGUCGAUUCCCAGUGAGCUUCAAGAAUCAACUCAGCUGUCUAAUUUUUCAUGUUCAUCUUGCAAUAUUGCCGGCCCAUUUCCUGAUUUCUUUGGAAAUAUGUCUUCUCUUAGCACAUUGAAGUUGUCUUAUAACAGGCUUGAAGGUGUGAUUCCGGAAAGUUUUGGAGGUUCACUUCUGCAGGUCUUAUGGUUGAAUAAUCAGGAUGGUGUUAAAUUGAGUGGUCCAAUAGAGGUUAUAGGAUCCAUGGUUGGGCUUGAAUCACUUUGGCUUCACGGGAACAAAUUUACGGGACCUAUCCCAGAUUCCAUUGGGGAUCUGACUUCUCUGAAGAACCUAAACCUUAACGGGAACGACCUCGUCGGUCUGGUUCCUCAAGGUUUGGCUGAUUUAAGUCUCCUGUCAUUGGAUUUGAAUAAUAAUAAGUUGAUGGGGGGAAUCCCAAUGUUUAAAGCAGCUAAUGUCACAUAUUCUUCAAAUUCUUUCUGUCAACAGAGACCUGGAGAGCUUUGUGCUCCUGAAGUGAAUGCGCUUUUGGAAUUUCUGCAUGAUUUGAACUAUCCGCUUCACAUAGCUAGUGAGUGGGUUGGGAAUUAUCCUUGCAAAGGGCCGUGGUUUGGCAUUAGUUGCACCCCAAAUGGGCAUGUUUCUGUUAUUAACCUCCAGAAGCUUAACCUCAGUGGUACUAUAAGUCCUUCACUUGCUGCCUUGGGCUCACUUCUUGAAAUUCACUUAGCAGGAAACAAGCUUCAUGGACAAGUGCCAUCAAAUUUAACAAAGUUGGGAUCUUUGAGACUCUUGGAUAUAAGUGGAAACAAUUUUGAUCCAAAUUUACCCAAAUUUCCUGAUAGGGUAAAGAUUCUUACCGACGGUAAACCUAGUUUAGCUUUCAAUAUAACCCUUCCAUCACCAUCUUCUCCAACAAUAGACAUCAGUCCAUUGCCUGCAAGUUUAAAUUCUUCAUCCAUUGCUCACCACCCACAACCCGCAACCCCGGUUUCUGAUUCACAUUCAAGACCAAGUUCGGGUUCGGCCCUAAAGUCUCCUAAAGUUUUGAUGAAACCACAAAGUUCUUCCAAGCCUAUUGUAAUCAUCAUCACCGGGGCGAUCUGUGCUACUUUUUUACUCAUCGGAAUAAUAUCUAUGUUUAGUUGCCUCAGGAAGAGGAAAAUGCACAAAAAGACUACUGGUGGACCCAUGGUUUAUCCGAAAGACCUAUCCAGCCAAGAAUUGAAGAAUCAAAUAUCUGAUAAUUCCCCAAGAUUUACUAGUAGUGGUGGGUUGGAAUCUGGAAUCAUUUCGGUGCGAGUGCUUCGGGCAGUUACUAAUGAUUUUGCACCUGAGAAUGAGCUCGGGCGUGGCGGGUUCGGAGUGGUAUACAAAGGGGUUUUGAAAGAUGGGACUCAACUUGCAGUGAAGAGAAUGGAAGGUGGGAUCAUUAGUAAAAAAGCACUGGAUGAAUUUCAGUCCGAAAUUGAAGUUCUUUCUAAUGUACGACAUCGCCACCUGGUGACACUUUUGGGUUAUUCUGUUGAUGGGAAUGAGAAGCUCUUGGUCUAUGAGUAUAUGGCUGAGGGAGCUUUAAGCAGGCAUCUUUUCUGUUGGAGAAAAUUGAACCUUGAGCCUCUGUCAUGGAUGAGAAGGUUGGGUAUAGCUUUGGAUGUUGCUAGGGGGGUGGAGUAUCUCCACAGUCUUGCUCACUAUAGCUUUAUACACCGAGAUCUCAAAUCAUCCAAUAUUCUUCUUGGAAGUGAUUUUAGGGCUAAGGUUGCAGACUUUGGAUUGGUAAAACUUGCUCCUGACAGAGAGAGUUCUGUUGAAACUAGGCUUGCUGGGACAUUUGGGUACCUUGCUCCUGAAUAUGCAGUGACAGGAAAAGUUACUACAAAAGUUGAUGUGUUCAGCUACGGGGUGGUGCUGCUGGAGCUAUUGACCGGAUUAACAGCUCUAGAUGAACAAAGGCCAGAGGAAAGCCGAUAUUUAGUCGAGUGGUUUUGGGAAAUAAAGUCGGACAAAGAAAAGCUCAUUGCUUCCAUUGACCCAUCUAUGGAUGCAAGUGAAGAUAUCUACGAUAGUAUUUGUACAGUGACUGAGUUAGCCGGACAUUGCACUGCCAGAGAUCCUCAUCACCGGCCUGAUAUGGGACACGCUGUGAACGUGCUGUCCCAACUGGUUGACAAGUGGAAACCUGUCGAAGAAGCCGAAGACUUUGUCAUCGAUUUAGAUUUCGACUUACCUCUUCCUCAAAUGUUGAUUGCUUGGCAGAGCGAAAAAACUGGACAUCUAAGUGGGAUCAGUCAAGACAGCAAAGGGAGCAUUCCUUCAAAGCCUACGGGAUUCGGAGAUCCGUUCACCUCUGAAGAUGCUCGAUAGGUGGGAGAUGAUCGGCGGUUUUGUGCUGCCAAAUUAAGUGUUUAUAUUUGUUAAUAGUUAUGAAUAUAUUCUGUAUGUUGUUAUUCCUCCCAUGCUUUUUAGUUUGUUUCCUUAAAACACUUUAUCAUAGGACCAUUAAGUUGUAGCAACCUGUUCUUAGAGCUGUCAAAAUGCUGCAUGCAUUAUUGUGUAGAUGCAGAGAACAUUUAAAGUGAGCGAACAAAUGUUGUGUAUGAUUGUAAGUAACAUGAAUGUGGCGUUUGUAAUCUUGGUUGCUUUUUGAAUAUAAAUAACUUAUACACGUAUUAUACGAUCUCUC